CACACACACACACACACACACACACACACACACACACACACACACACUCACACUUACACACACACACACACACACUCACACUCACACACUCACACAUACACUGACACAUACCCUGACACACAUUUCCUGUGUGAGUUGAAGCUGUGUUUUUGUUUGUGUGUGUGUGUGUGUGUGUGUGUGGGAUCGGUUCAGCUGAAGAGGAUUGUGUAACCAGCAGUUUCUUUGGAGGUCAAGGUGAUUGAACUGGGGUCGUGGAGCUCAUGGACCUGCUCUACCACCACGGUCCCAUCACCAAAGAGCGGUGUGAGGAGAUCCUGGGUGCAAAAGGCAAAGAUGGAGGGUAUCUAAUUCGAGACAGCGAGACCAUCCACGGAGCCAUGUGCCUCUGUGUCUACAAAAAGAAGGUGGUUUACACGUACAGGAUCCUGCAGACUCAUGCUGGAUAUUACACGCUACAGUCCGGCGCAGGCGUGAAGGAGAUGUUUUUCAAGACGCUAGAAGAGCUUGUACAUCAUUAUAAGAAGAGAAAUCGUGGGUUAGCGACUCGGUUGCGUUGUGCUGUGAAGAGAAAACAAACAGAUCGGGAAUCCGUGGUCACCGAUGAAGAGCCAGACUACGAGAACGUGGAUACGUCCGAGUAUGAAAACGUGGAGUCGUCCGAUUACGUUGACGUGCUGCCAGACUGAUUCUACCGAACUCUUCUUCAGUUUCUUUAUUU